AUGGAAGUCCACGUCGGGCUGGGCAGAGUCUACGCCCGGCCGCCGGGCAAAACUUUCCGCGGCGCUUUCCAGAGCCUUUUCCAGAGCGUCCGCGAGGCUUUUCAGAGUCCCGGGCCCGGCGGAGCGCGAGAGGAGCUCGGACCCGGCGGCCAAAGCGCGGGCUCUCCGUCGGCCGGCCCGUGUCCGCCGGGCGCCCGCCUGCAGGAGCCCAGCCCACGGCAGCACCAGCCGCCCGCCUCCCCUUCUUACCUGCCGCUGGAUGAGCCCGCGGCGGGCAGCAAAGGGCUUCAGCCGGCCGACCGCGAGACCCAUCCGGCGGCCGCCGCCUCUUCCUCCUCGGCCGCCUCCUCGUCGCUGGCCUUGCUGGCCCCUUCGUUCCAGAGCUGCUCCGGGGACCUGAAGGACCUCUUGGCCGGGAGCAGCCUCCUGCCGGCGACCGAAGGGGAGCCGCGCGGCGGGGCGGCGAGCGGCGGCGGCGAAGCCAGCGAGGCCAAGGAAGACUACUUGGGCGAGAGCGCCAAGGAGCUGUGCAAAGCCGUCUCGGCCUCCAUGGGCCUGGCGGUGGAAGUGCUCGAAGGGCCCGGCGGCGGGGGAGAAGCGGCCACGAGCCGUGGCGACUGUAUGUUCGCGCUGCCGGGCUCGCAAGCCCGUCCCGUGGCCGUGGGGGGCUGCAAGAUCGUCGAAGCCGAGCAGGAAGGCGGCGGUGGCGGCGGCGAGGGCGAGGGUGCGCUGGCCAUGGACGUGCCGGGCCACCUCAGCCUCUUCAAGAGCUCGCCGGAGCUGGACGAGCCGCCGGCGGGCGCCUUCCAGAGCCGCGACUUCUACAACUUCCAGCUGGCGCUCGCCUCGCACGGCCGCAUCAAGCUGGAGAGCCCGCUGGAGUACGCGGCGGGCGGCCUCUGGGGCGCGCAGUACCGGCGCGCCGGGGAGAUACCCGCCUUGGCGCCCCACUACGCCGCCCCUCCGGGCCCGGCCUGGCACCCCUUCUUCGCCGAGGAUGCGCAAGUCUACGGCCCCUGCGCCUCGACCGAGGCCGCCGCCGCCGCCGCCCCCUUCGGCUACGGCAGGGGCCAAGGGCCGAGCGGCCAAGAAGGAGCCGAGCUACCCUCCGAGAUGUGGUACCCCGGAGGCGUGAUGGGCAGGAUGCCCUUCGCUCCGGCCACCGGCUGCAUCAAGACGGAGCUCGGGCCUUGGAUGGAGGGUUACGCGGGCGCCUACGGAGACGUCAGGUAA